AUGGCAAACGCGUUAGACCAUCUCUCGAACAGAAUGAAGCUGGAGUGGCACUCCCAGCUUGAUACGGAGUAUCAACCCGCUAACAACUACCGUCGCACCUCCAUUAUCUGCACCAUUGGUCCGAAGACAAACUCAGUUGAGAAGAUUAACAUCCUCCGUGAAGCUGGUCUCAAUGUUGUUCGCAUGAACUUCUCCCAUGGGUCUCAUGAGUACCACAAAUCUGUCAUUGACAACGCCAGAGAAGCUGAGCGUCUUCAGGCCGGCCGUCCACUUGCAAUUGCUCUCGACACCAAAGGACCUGAGAUUCGUACUGGAAACACCCCUGGCGACAAGGACAUUCCCAUCAAGGAGGGAACGGAGUUGAAUAUUACAACUGACGAUCAAUAUGCCACCAGCAGUGAUGACAAGAAUAUGUACGUCGACUAUAAGAACAUCACCAAGGUCAUCUCAAAGGGCAAGCUGGUAUACGUAGAUGAUGGUGUUCUCUCGUUUGAGGUUCUCGAUAUUGUCGAUGACAAGACCUUGCGCGUCAAGUGUCUGAACAACGGAAACAUCUCCUCCAAAAAGGGUGUAAACUUACCGGGUACCGAUGUCGAUCUGCCCGCGUUGUCCGAAAAGGACAAGGAAGACUUGAAAUUCGGUGUUGAGAACGGCGUCGACAUGAUCUUUGCCUCCUUCAUCCGCCAUGGCAGCGAUAUCAAACACAUCCGUGCUGUCUUGGGCGAGGCAGGAAAGGAGAUUCAGAUCAUCGCCAAGAUCGAGAACCAGCAAGGAAUGAACAACUUUGACGAGAUUCUGCAGGAGACUGAUGGUGUCAUGGUUGCUCGUGGUGACCUCGGUAUCGAGAUUCCUGCCGCAAAGGUCUUCAUUGCCCAGAAGAUGAUGAUCGCGAAGUGCAAUAUCAAGGGCAAGCCAGUCAUCUGCGCUACCCAGAUGUUGGAGUCCAUGACCUAUAACCCACGCCCAACUCGUGCUGAGGUGUCUGACGUCGCCAACGCUGUCCUUGACGGUGCAGACUGCGUCAUGUUGUCCGGCGAGACUGCCAAGGGUAACUACCCCAAGGAAGCCGUAGCCAUGAUGCAUGAGACCUGUCUUCUCGCUGAAAUUGCAAUCCCGUAUGUCAGCGUAUUCGACGAACUGCGCAGCCUGGCCCCCCGUCCUUCCGACACUCUGGAAUCGAUUGCCAUGGCAGCCGUCUCUGCUAGUCUGGAACUGAACGCCGGUGCCAUCUUGGUUCUCACCACUUCCGGCAAUACUGCUCGUCUUCUAUCCAAGUACCGUCCAGUCUGCCCCAUCAUUAUGGUAACCCGCAACCCCAGAGCUGCCAGAUACUCCCACUUGUACCGCGGAGUGUACCCUUUUAUCUUCAACGAGCCCAAGCCCGACUAUAACGUCACUGAGUGGCAGAAGAAUGUCGACCUUCGUCUGAAAUGGGGUAUUGCUCAGGCCAUUGACCUUAGCAUCAUCUCCAAGGGUACUCCAGUCGUCUGCGUCCAAGGUUGGCGUGGUGGCCAGGGACAUACCAACACCAUCCGCGUUGUCCCGGCUGAACCAGACCACCUAGGUCUUAUCUAG